AUGCCAGACACCUUCAACAGCGCCACCCCGCUUAUCGAAGAAGAGGCCUUCUUAUCGCCCGGAACAUUCUCCAGCGCAGACGACUACGCCGCCAACCCCAGAUUCCUUGAAUUACAAGAAGAACUCCGCUGCGUACUUUUUUCCCGCAAGGGACCUCAGCCUCGACUCCCACGCCAAAGCCUAGACUUCACGCGGGUCAUCUCAAUCCCAAAAAUCAGAUUAAUCUUCUAUCUGAAAAACUGGAUCACAGAAUGCGCGCCCUAUCUAGAUAAAUUUGACGAGGCGCGCCAUUUUGGUGUCCACAUCCCAAUCCUAGCGCAAGGCUCACCAGCCUUGUUCUACGCAAUCCUCGCUUUCUCCGCUCGGCAAACAGAGCGAAAGGCCUGCCUGGACAAAGCCUACGACAGUCUUGAGCUGUACCAAGAGUCUAUCCGCCUCCUGGCACCAUUGCUCCAAGCAAAGGACCCCAACGUCCUCGUGACAGUAUGCAUCCUGGCUGUGAUGGAACUAAUGUCCGUCAGCCCGCGCGACUGGCGACGGCACGUUGAGGGCUGCGCCGCGCUCUUCGACUCGUUCAACGUGAACGGACUUUCGGGAGGACAUCUGCAAGCCGUGUUCUGGUGUUAUGCACGCAUGGAGCUGUGCGGCGCGAUAAUCUCUAACGGCGUUGAAAGUACAGUCCUCCCGCUGCAGAAAUGGGUCCCCGCUAUGCCCCAGGCUUCGUCGAAGGAGGCGCAGGAGGAUAUCAUCCGCGACGCGUUUUGCGAGAAAGGCCGUGCAUCCCCUGAUAUGCACGCUAAUUGGGCGGUUUAUCUAUGCGCAAAGGCUUGCGAUCUCUGUUGUCGCCGAACGCGGUUCUUGGAAUUGGGUGAAGCGUCUGAUGAUACGCGCCCGUUCUCAGAACAGUGGAGCCGACUUUGGGAGGAGCUGCAGUAUUGGCUUGAACAGCGCCCACCUGCUAUGCUGCCUAUUAAGACUACGGGGAUGGGCAGCGGACAGACUUUUCCCGAGAUUCUGUUUGCACAUUGGGCGGCUAUUUCUGGCAACCAGUUGUAUCAUGCUGCUUCUAUUAUGAUGCUUGAUAUGAGGCCCGUUGAGAGGGGACCGCCUCCUUCAAAGCCACACUUUUCGGCUAUUUGGCAUGCUCGCAGGGUGUGUGGGAUUUCGUUGACGAAUCCUCAUAGCGGGAAUCUGAUCAAUGCUAUUCAGCCGCUUUACAUUGCCGGGAAGUUACUCAGCCACCAUAGUGAGCAUGUUGAGGUUGCCAAGCUGUUUAAGAUUAUUGAGCGCACGACUGGGUGGGGUGCUUUGUGGCGACUCAAGGAUCUUGAGAGAGCUUGGGGGUACGAACCGGGGGAGAUCUCGGGUGUAAUUUGA